ACCACUGAGGAAGAUGUGGGACCCCUGAGGCCUGCCUGCCCGUCCUGCUGGCCAUGUUGACCUUGGCAUCCCCCCUCCCCGUUACCAAGAUGGUCUGGGCCCUCCUGCUCCUGGCUGCCUCCCUGAGUGCUCAGAGAGGAAGCUGGGACAACCCUACCUGCACCAAGGGCGUGGUGUCUGUGUCCAGGGGGGAGCACGCCAUGAUGGCCUGCAACAUCUCCAACCCCUUCUCCCGCGUCACCAUCUGCCUGCGUCCGGCCCCCGGGAAGGACUGCCAGCACAUCUUCAGGGAGGUCGCCCCAGGACACUUAUCCCGGGCUGGGUGGCAGCUGCGGGUUCAAGGAGGCGUGGCACAGCUGGUGAUUGAGGACGCCUCAGACGCCCAGGCUGGCCAGUACAAGUGGCAUCUCCAAGGACGCCAGAGAAACGUUGCAACCACCACCCUGAAUGUCUCAGAGCCCGAGGACCUGCUCUUCACACCUUCUUCAGGCCCAGAGUUGCCACGCCCCCUGUCCGAGGUGGGGAGCCAGUCUGACGUGGUCCUUGUCAUCCUUGUCAUUGUCACACUCUCCAUCCUGGUGGUCGGCAUGUGGGCCUGGUACAGAAGGUGCCGUUCCUCGAAGUUCUCAAAGCUUCCACAAUCCCCAGAUGAGCUGGUUCGGAGCCCGAGGAGCGUAGGCCCAUCAGGAGGGUGAUCCAGCCCAGGGAGCAUCCGGCUUCAGGCCCCAGGAGCCCCACCCUGACCCUGAGGCUGCCAGCACAGUGUGGUCGCAGCCCCAGCAAUGGAGCCCUGCUUGUCCCACGCCCCCCACCUGGCUGACAGAUGCCUGUGAGCACGUAACCCAGGUCUGCCGGCCCCGGAGUCCUGCCCAAUGUGUGGACGUCAGGCAGCGAGCGGGUCCUUCCGCGGAGUGGGGACUCCGGGGCCUACGCAAAGAGUGGACUGUGGCCUCGCGGGAAGGCUGGCAGCACAGGCCCUUCCCAUUUACUCCUCAGCAGCUCUCUCGGCUCCCUCAUCCUCUGGCCAAAAAUACAAAAAUCCAAGUUUCAAAGCAUUGACCUAAUAGGAUGCUCUCCCUCAUCACCCAUCACGGGCCAGGGGCCUGGGCUCCUCCUCCCAGUGCUCCGGCCUCAGGAGCAGGAGGGGCACGCUGGUAACCUCAGAGACGCCCCAGUUUUUGGUCUUAAGUUGAUCUCGGGCACAGUCCUGUCUUUUGACUCUGAGCAAGAACAAGUUUGGGGACCCUCCUGCCAGCGGUGGCGAGGGCAAGCAGCAGGGAUGAGGCCUGAGAUGGUGCGUCGCCCCGCUCCACCAGGGGGCGCGGCCGAGGGAGCCCUUCCCUAAGGAAGGCCCGACAAGUGGCUCUGCCUGGUCAUUCCACACCCCCACCUCUCCCAGCCCCGGGGCUCCCCUCCCCCAUCAGCCCCGCUUACUGGCCCUUCACCAUCCCAAACCCGUUUAUGCCAGAAGUCUUACUAGAUACAUAUAGGGUUUUUUCUAGAAGUUCUACAUUCAAUGCUUUGAAAAACAUCCCGUAUGCUAAAUCCUUCAGGUGAAUAAAAUAAACUAAUCAAUAAACCAUCAAAUGAGCUAGGAAAUACAAUAUUUUUUAAGUGGAAGAAAAUAUAAAAAUCUAAAAGAAGCUGCUUCUUGUCUUAAAGCUCUAAAAAGUCCUAAGGUAUCU